AUGUACUACCGCCAGCAGCUGCACCGCUUUCCCAGGGGAGAAUCGAACUCUGCAGGGGCUGUUCAGGAACCCUCCAGGCCUCCCUGGCUAACCGUGCAAAACUGUCAUAAUGUGGGGUCUGUCGUGAUGGUGGUCGUGCCGUAUGUAGACAGCAACCUGCUGAGGAUCUACGGAAACUGCAGCGAUGACAAAAUCCUCGCGGCUGUGCCCCAAGAAACCAAAAACGCAUUGGAGACGUUGGUCGGCGUACAGACGCGUUAUUCUCCACACCCAGCGUGUGCAGAAGCGCGAACCCCCUUAAGGAAGGCGGUGCACACUCGAUGGCAGCUUCCUGCUGCUAUUGCUCGUGAAUUUCCAUUUGCUGCUUUUUCCCCAGGGUUCGGACCAUGGUGCGAUAUCCCCCCCAACCACGCUGUUCUCGACCCGCUUUGGCUUGGAAACAAUGACGAGGUAGGGGGCCGUUGGGCCUGGAGAUCCGAGGCUCGUUUCGAUCUGUUGUACGGGGUAGACUGUGAGAUGGUGGAAACCGCGCUAGGAAAGCAGCUAGGCCGCGUGUGCAUCGUCGACUGCAACUGCAAGGUAGUUGUAGAUCUUCUUGUGAAACCUUCUAUAACCGUGCUAGAUUACUUGACGCGAUAUUCUGGGCUUACGAAGGAGAUGCUGGACGCGGCCACACUAACGCUUUCAGACGUUCAUGCCCAUUUGCGACAAGUGCUACCCCCAGGGGCUAUUCUUGUUGGCCAUUCUCUGGAGUACGAUCUACGAGCUUUGAAGCUCGUACACUCGCGGUGUAUAGACACCACCGUUCUUUACCCUCACAACCGAAUGGGUCUUAAGCUCUCUUUGAAACGGCUGGCGCAAUUGUAUCUGAACAAACAGAUGGCGCGGAAGCACGGCCACGACCCAAAGGAAGAUGCACAAACUGCUAUGUUGCUUGCCCAGAAGAAAAUUAGAAACGGGCCAGGAUUUGCUGCGCCCUUGAUGCAGCUGACACCCCUCGCUUCUGCAUUACGGCAGCUGCAGAGGCAUCCCGAGGAGCUCUGUGAGGAGUUGAGCCAAGAGCGGAAAGAAUAUCCGAAAGAGCAAGAGCAGCCGCUCUUGCACGACUCGAGUCGUCAGACAGUAGAGGGGUCAGACAGCAGUGUGGACGCGCAGGACGAGGCGGUACUGUUUCUGUUAGAUUCCUUCGCACACAAUUCUCCUGCUCCUCUCAAGGGCGCCCGCGUCAGGGAUGGGCUGGCAAAUGAUUCGGAGAUUAUCCGCGUUUGCAAGGAGCUCCUCCAACGCAAAAGUUUCAAUACAGGAGGGUCGAAUACCGCACAAGAAGCUUGCUCUGGGGACGCCUUGCCAGUGGCACCAAUGGCUCAGCCGUCCUCUGAAGCCACGAGCAACCCUCGAGCUUCUGACGCUCACGGGGUGGCCUCGUGGGGUGUAUGCGUGCUGCGUGGGUAUCAGCGGCUGUGCUGCCGUGCGCUGCAUGCGUCUACUGAUCAGCUCUAUGACUUCCAGGACAGAACGCGUCUCCUUUUGGCUGCUGAGGCACAGCUGAGGCAGCAACGCAAAGGGGGCCAGACUGGCGAGGAAGGCUCUGCGCCAGCUGCGGUGGACUGCAUGCCUGUAUCGGCGAACGAAGCACUGGAUAGUGAGGAGCUGAUGACACGCAGUGACGGCCUUCAGGCGGAAGAGGGUGUUUGCUGCGAUUGCUUAUGCCGUGUCAAAAGGAGUCACUCAGUCUGCUUCUCUCUUCUAAUGCCUUCCUACUCAGCUGAUGCAAGCGGAUUGAUUCCCUGCCCUAAAACUCUCUUUCCCCCGGUUGAUCAAAACGAGGCGCUGUUUGUGAUUUAUCUAAUCGAUCAACUCCUGGAUGACCUCGCUGCAUCCCUCAAGCCACAGGAUCUUCUCCUUGUUGUUUCCCCAUGCGGAGACGCUCAUAGGUAUUUUAGUCUCCGCUCGUUGCAGUCUGCGCUUCAAGGGGACUUGGACGAAUCGCAAGCAUCGGGCACUCCUGGUGUUUCUUUUGCAUCUUGUGUAUCUCCCCUGUCCUUCUCAUCCUCCUGCAAACAGGCAGCAAAAGAGGAUGACUUCGUGAAACCAAUAAAAUGGACAAGUGUAUUUGAACUAGAGCUGGAGAAAGCGAAGGCCAAUUUUGAUGGCCCCGGUAAAGGAGGAUGGUGCUCUUUCAUUGUCAAGCAAUCAGAUGCACAGUAA